AAGUGAAAUGCGUGAGGGUGAUUGUCUUGUGACUAGCGUGACUGAUUCUCUUGAUCUUUUACCUCGAACAUGGCACAGGCCUCGGAGCAGGAUGAGAGCGCAAAAUUGUGGAAAGUCAACCGAACGAUACACGAACUGGUUAAAGACAGAGGCUUCUCGGUUUCAGAGGAUGAACUCACCAUGGAUCUACCCACUUUUCGUGAAAGCUUCGCGAAGCAUGGCUCCAUCGACCGCAACAGCUUGAACUUCUACACGAAUUCGCCAACCGAUCCUACCGAGCAAAUCUUUGUUUUCUUCUCUGACGAGAAGAAUGUCGGUGUGAAGACAAUGCGAAAGCUUCUCAGCAUAUUAGAAGAAAAAUCCAUUCAACGAGGGAUCAUUGUCUUCCCGCAAACCAUGACCUCUUCAGCCCGCAAGGUGAUCACCGCCAUGGCUGCCACAUACCGGCUCGAGGAGUUUUCCGAGUCCGAUCUCCUCGUCAACAUCGUCCACCACACCCUCGUGCCGCGUCACGACGUGCUCUCACCGGAGCAGAAGAAGCUGCUGCUGGAAAAAUAUCGGUUGAAGGAGACGCAACUGCCUCGCAUCCAACUGGCUGACCCGGUGGCACGCUACUACGGAUUGCGAAGAGGACAGGUGGUGAAAAUCACGCGGCCCAGUGAAACGAGUGGUCGGUACGCUAGUUAUCGCAUCUGUUUCUAGCGAUAGAUAUGUGCACUUGUGUAUUUUUAUAUUCUGAUAUCAUUGUAUAAUGCUCGUGAAAGCGACGAUCGUAA